AUGGGAGAUAAGAUAGAAGCAUCAUUGGGAGCAGUGCAGUCGAAGAAAUCAGCGACGAAGGUGAAAAAACCACGAGCGAAAUCGACUCAUCCGCCAACGUCGGGAAUGGUGAACGCAUCGAUUAGAUCUCUGAAGGAGCGAAACGGUUCUUCGUUGCAGGCGAUUAAGAAGUACAUUGCCGCCAGCUACAAAGUGGAUGUCGAGAAGCAGGCGCCGUUCAUCAAAAAAUAUCUGAAAUCAGCAGUGACAAAUGGAAUUUUGGUGCAAACGAAGGGAAAGGGUGCGGCUGGUUCAUUCAAAUUGGCCGAUAGUAAGAGCAAGGGUGCUGCUGCUAAAGGGAAAGUAAAGAGUGCAGCGAAGGCUAAGAAGAGGGCAACAUCAACGCCGAGGAAGAUUAUUGCCGCCAAGGCCAAGAGGGCAAUUGCCGAGAAGAAGAAGACACCUAAAGUGGCGGCUAAACCACCAAAGGCAAAAUCCACGAGUGCCAAGCCUAAGGUGACGAAAGCUGCGCCUAAGAAAGCGAAGGCACCAGCAUCGGCUAAGAAGAGGGCUGCUCCCAAGGCUAGGAAGACGGUGGCAAAGAAGGUUGCCAAGAAGUAAGCGAUGAGAGACGACUAAAUUUACAAACGGCCCUUUUCAGGGCCACCAAAUAU